UAUACUCAUCUCUUCUUCAUCCUCAUCUUCCGGUUCUUGCUUUCUGAUCAUCAACACAACAAUGGCACAAAAGAAAGAGAACAUAGUGAUGUUUCCUUUCAUGGCACAAGGUCAUAUCAACCCUUUCCUAGCUUUAGCCCUCCGGAUAGAAAAGACAAAGAAAUUCACCAUAACUUUUGUUAACACCCCUUUGAACAUCAAGAAACUCAGAUCAUUUCUCCCUUCAAACUCCUCCAUUCAUCUCCUUGAAAUCCCUUUUAAUAGCUCAGAUCAUGACCUCCCUCCUAAUUCUGAAAACAUGGAUUCUCUUCCAUAUCAUUUUCUUAUCAAUAUCUUUCAAGCUUCUUUAUCUUUUAAACCCCAUUUCAGGAAACUUAUCUCCAAUCUUAUCCAGGAAAAAAAAGGACAAAAACCAGUUUGUCUCAUCUCAGACAUGUUCUUAGGAUGGUGUGAAGAGAUAGCUCAAGAGUUUGGUAUCUUUCAUGCUAUAUUUCUUGGUGGUGGUGGUUUUGGCUUUGCUUGUUACUACUCUUUGUGGGUAAACCUACCUCAUCGGAGCACAGAUUCUGAAGAAUUCGUCUUGCCGGAUUUUCCUGAAGCUUCUCUUUUUCAUGUUACUCAAAUGACAGAUUUUUUGAGAUCUGCGGAUGGUAGUGAUUCAUAUUCAAGCUUUCUAAGGAAAACGCUUUCUCAAUGGAGUAAAGCUGAUGGAAUAUUGUUCAACACUGUAGAGGAGAUUGAUAAGCUUGGACUAACGUAUUUUAGGAGAAAAUUUGGUCGACAGGUUUGGCCUGUUGGGCCUGUUCUUUUGACUCCGGGAAGCCAAGCUCGAAGCAGAAGAGAUUUUGGAAUCUCUCCAGAGGAAUGUAAAAAAUGGCUUGAUAAGAAACCUUCUUGUUCAGUUAUCUAUGUUUCAUUUGGUUCAAUGAACACAAUAUCAGCAUCUCAAAUGAUGCAAUUGGCAAUGGCUUUAGAGGGUUGUGGCAAGAAUUUCAUUUGGGUUGUUAGGCCACCAUUAGGCUUUGACAUAAACUCUGAGGUUUGUGGGAUUCUUUGA